GUGUUUUUCACUGAUAUAGUUUUCAAUCUUGCACAACGAAAAUAGAAACUUGCAUCGUAUUUUUUCCUUCGUACGUGAAUUGUACAGACCCAAGUUAAUGAUCUAAAAGGAAAAUGGGAGUUCCAAAAUUUUACCGAUGGAUAUCGGAGAGAUUUCCGUGUCUGUCAGAAGUUGUAAAAGAAUUUCAGAUUCCUGAGUUUGACAAUCUGUAUCUGGAUAUGAAUGGCAUCGUUCACGUUUGCUCCCACCCUGAGGAUGACAACCCUCACUUCCGCAUCACUGAGGAGAAAAUCUUCUCUGACAUCAUGUACUACCUUGAGUUCCUGUUCCGGAUGAUUAAGCCACAGAAGGUGUUUUUCAUGGCGGUGGACGGUGUUGCUCCGAGGGCCAAGAUGAACCAGCAACGGGGACGCAGAUUUAGGUCUGCGCGGGAAGCUGAGGAACUUGAGAGACGUGCACGGGAAAAGGGAGAGGUCUUGCCAACAGAGAAACGCUUUGAUUCUAACUGCAUCACCCCAGGUACACCGUUCAUGGUUCGACUUCAGGAGCAGCUGAAAUACUUUGUUGUGAAGAAAGUGAGCCAAGAUCCGCUGUGGAAGGGUGUGCGGGUCUAUCUGUCUGGGCAUGAGACGCCUGGUGAGGGUGAACACAAGAUCAUGGACUUUAUCCGGGCGGAGAGAGCUGAUCCCAACUACGACCCCAACACCCGACACUGCCUGUACGGGCUUGAUGCUGAUCUCAUGAUGUUAGGCCUGGCGACACAUGAGCCCCAUUUUUCCCUGCUGAGAGAGGAGGUCCGGUUUGGAGGCAAGAGCAAGCAAAGAUCUUCCAAAAGACCUCAGACACCAGAGGAGACUACCUUUCACCUCCUGCAUCUAUCCCUGUUUCGCGAGUAUCUCGACUUUGAAUUCUCCGACCUCAAAGGCCGGUUGAAAGACUUUGAGUACAACCUUGAGAAUGUGAUAGACGAUUGGGUUCUGAUGGGCUUCCUGGUCGGGAACGAUUUCAUACCCCAUCUUCCCAACCUCCACAUUAACCACGAUGCCCUACCCCUCCUAUGGAGGACAUACAUCGCAGUUUUACCGGAAUGUGGCGGUUAUAUAAACAACGGAGGCAACUUGAACCUUGAGAGGUUUGAAAAAUACCUGAAAGAGUUGUCAAAGUUUGACUUUGAAACAUUUUCCGAACAAGCUGGAGAUUUGAAGUGGUUUCAAGGGAAGAAAGCAGGGGCCAGUGCCGAGCAGUCCGAGGUUUUAUCAGCGGCCAGGAAACUUGGCAAAAACCAGCAAAAGUCUGUUGAACGUCUUCAUGCAGGGAACCAGUUUGCCCUACUGGACACUUUGAAUGGGGAGGAAGUGGAGGAUGAGGAGCUGGGAACCGAACUCAUACCAAGGCUCGAUGAUUAUUCAGAAGACCAAGACACUGAAGAUUACUCAGAGGAGGACACCUUGGAUGAUGAAUUCCGGCACCACAAACGCCACUAUUACAUGACCAAACUGGAGUAUGAGACGGUCACGCCUGAGGUACUGCGUGACCAGGCUGAAGGCUAUGUGAGGGGAAUACAGUGGAUCCUGCUCUACUACUAUCAAGGGGUCCAAUCUUGGAGCUGGUUUUACCCGCACCACUACGCGCCCUACAUGAGCGAUGUGAAGGACUUUGUGAACAUGGAUUUGACCUUUGACAUUGGAACACCCUUCAUGCCUUUUGAGCAGCUGAUGGCCGUGUUACCUGCAGCUAGCAAGGAACUGUUGCCUGUACCUUACCAGAACUUGAUGACUAACGCCACAUCACCAGUGAUUGAGUUCUAUCCGCUGGACUUUGAGACAGAUCUGAAUGGUAAACAACAGGACUGGGAGGCUGUUGUGCUUAUACCCUUCAUCGAUGAGAGCCGACUGUUGGAAGCAAUACGGUCCGUGUGUCACCUGCUGACCCCAGAUGAAAAGGCCCGUAACAGUCAUGGGCCACAUCUGCUGUAUGAAUAUGUAGAGGAGCCCGGAGAUCCCUAUCCCUCCAUACUGCCAGAAGCAUUUCCUGAUAUAGCUGUCAACCACGCCAGGUUGACCAAGGUGCAGCAAGCUGACCACCAUAUUCACCCUGCCCGGCUCAGGAUGGGCAUACUGCCCGGGGCCAGACUGGACGUGUUCUUCCCAGGAUUCCCAACACUUAGACAUAUACCUCAUAGGGCCAAGUUGAGCAAAGAAGGUGUGAAAGUGUUCCAAGCCAACAGCCGAGGAUUCAACACGAUGUUACAUAUCGAGGCCUCAGAAUCAAUGCCGUCGAUUGACCAGAUUGCCCAGGAAUAUCUGGGUUGUGAGGUCUAUGUCAGCUGGCCGCACCUGUAUGAGGCUAAAGUUGUGGCCGUCUGUGACGACAAAUACAGCUUCAGCCAAGUAGAUGAUGGCACAAAGGGAAGUAAAGACCUUCAGAGAAAACCUACAAUACGCCAACACACCUCCGAUGAGAACAUGACUAACAUCUGGUAUAAGGAGAGAGACACCAUAGCUGACAGGUACCGUGAUCGACUGGGUGUGGUUGUCGGACAGACUCACAUAUUGCUACGGGCCCUGCCUAUGACAGGCAGAAAGUACAUUCUUGGUUCCCAUGGACGAAUCACCAUGGAGAAACAGUUUGGGGUCAAUCCUGUCGCCUUUGCUCUCCAGGCAACUGUUAAGGACAUAGCAGUACAUGAGCCCGGCUUCUGCCAGUUUACCACUCUGUCAGAGUACAUGCCAGAGAAGGCUGAGGUGUUCAUGUUGGGCUGGCCCCACUACGGCUGUCAGGGGGAGGUGUUGGACACUGACAUGCAGAGCGGGCGUGUGAGAAUCAACCUCUCGAUCCUGGAGGAGCCCAGCCUGGCACAUAUUGUUAACAACAUGAAGGACUUUGACAUCCAGUAUGUCCCUGCGUUUGUGGGGGCUCAGAAACUGGGAAUCAGCAGUCACCUGUUGUCCCGACUUACAGGGACCAUCUUUGUUACCGCGGGCUGCGAGGAGGUUGCCAAGGAACAAAUGAACCCUCACAGGGUGAAUGUUGGUUUGAACCUGAAGUUUACGAAGAGGCAAGAGGAGGUGCCAGGGUACACGAGGCUGCAGGACGGACAAUGGGCUUACUCCUUCAAGUGUGUAGACACCCUCAGGGAUUAUAUGAAAAAGUUUCCUGACAUGUUUGACAUCAUCUCUAAAUCUGAUCGGAAACACAACGAUAUGUUCUACGAGAAUGAAGUGAUUCCAGAGAGCAGUGGAUACAAGCUUAAGAAUGUCCAGGAAUAUGUCAAGGGUCUGGAGUGUACAAAUGUGAAAACCCAGAAGGCAGGAGCUGACAUCAUGGCUGAGGGAGUUAUAAAAGCUUUACUUGAGGAGACGGACAAGACUGUGGAGGUGAAUAAGAAGAGGCAAAAGAGAGUGAAGAUGCAGGUUAAGCCCCAUCUGCUGUAUAGGCCAAUAGUAACUAGCGGCUCCCUGAUCCCUGACUCUAGCACGGAGUACCAGCUGUUUGACCGAGUGGUGAACACGCGGCAGGGUUUCUCCGUGCCGUUUGGUCUCCGUGGCACGAUCGUGGGCAUCCACCCAGCAGAGGUGGAGGUCAACACGGUGUAUGAGGUCAUCUUUGAUGAGGACUUCGCUGGGGGAAUCAGUAUCAGGAACUCAACAAGUAGAGGCUACCGUAUGCCUCCCUCAGCACUGCUCAACCUGACUCACGGGGAGAGGAAAAAUGGGGCGCGGCCGUCCACAGGGGUAAAGAUGCCAGCUGAACAGAUGCAGGGACAGACUCACCGACAGAACCAGGCCAGGAAUGUUAGUAGUGAUUUUACAUAUACUGAUGCCUGGGGCGGGAAGUCUGGGGUCAACAGGUGCAAUCAGGGUCAAGGUCACCAGAGAAACCAGGGUUACCAUGACAACAGGGCAGGUAACAACAGCGGUCAACGUGGUCACCAGACCAGCAACACAGAAUAUGACCGUCAGAACCGGGGUGGUUACCACCAGCAACAGGGGCAGCAACAAGGGCAGCAGUAUGGACGACUGCUUGAGACCCGUGAUAGCAAAGCCCACCAGAGCGGUGUGUUUAACGGUGGUAAUGUCUCCCCCAAGUUUGUUACUCCCCGUCUCUCCCAGGGUGGGGCACAGGGUGGUGGUCAUGGUGGAGGUGUACAGGGGGUCAGGCAGACUCAGGCAGCCAAUACACAGAGACAAAGCCAGAACAACUCUGCAGCCAACACAGAAUUUGAGAGCAUGUGGAAACAGCUUCAGUCCUCUAUGCCACCAGAGGGCUCAGAAACAGAUAAACAAGGGACAUCACUCUCACAUGCUGCUGCCGUCCUCCCCACAGUUCCUUCCCCUGUCCCUCAAAACAUGGGAGGUCAAUCUCCAGAACCGGGGACAAAAAUAGAUGUACAGUCCCUUUUCUCUCAGGCCAGCAGGAGCGAUAGGCCUGUCAGUGUUGGGGACUUAGAGAAUAUAGAGGAGCCUCCUAAGGAUAAAGCAACAAAACCUCGGCCUCCGGCUAGCAGGGUGGUGUCAAAUGAUGAGUUCUCUGCCAUGUUUAAGUCACUUGAAGAAGUUCAUGUAUCGGAGGAAAAGCAGGAUGUGGAAGCUAAAGACGAGGAUGGAUCUAUGGCCAUCAAGAAGUUGCUACAUAUCGCUGAGUCACCCAAGACAGAAAGUGAUGAGGCCACGCCCCCUGGAGGGGAGGGAGGGAAUGCUGGGAAGAGCAGCUAUGGGAGACAACUCUCUGUGCAGGAACUGUUUGAUGUGGCCAAACAUCAGGCACCGGGAGCAGAACAUCAACAACAGCAAUCAUACCAACAGCAACAACAAAACCAAUAUCAGCAGCAGCAACACCAACAACAGCAGAGGAAGGGUAGGGGCAGGGCCCAGCCCAGACAGCAGGAUGCAGGGAUCCAGCAGCAGGGUUACCAGGGAAACAGAAACAACAGGCCGGUUCUGCUCAAUCCCCCGCCCAGGGGUGGCAAUAGGAACCCAGUAAUGGAGCUGAUGACAUUCUGCCAGUCUCUGCAGAUGGGACUGCCCAUGUACGACUACAUACCAAAGAAUGGUGUUUACUUCUGUGUAGUAACCCUCUUCAAUGGCGCGAGAUUCCAGGGAGCCCUGUGUAAAACCAAAGAGGAGGCCGCAGAGUCUGCAGCCAGUGUGGCCUUACUGCAGCUGCGAGGCAGCAUGCAGCAAAUGGCCUCAUACCAGAUGAUGUCAGGAUUUCUUCCCCCUGGUGCCCGACCCCCAGGACGCCAGUUCCCCUCUCCCAACUCAGCUUUCAGCCCUGUCAGCAACCCUCCAGGGUUUUUCCAAGGUCAAGGACCCCCGCAUCCAGGUCACCACCCUGGUCAGUGGUACCAGCAGCAAAACAGGGGGAAACCUGGGAACCAGCAAGGAUAUCCUGCAACCAAUCAGCAGCCUCCUUUCUCACAAAAUCAGUCUCACUCUGGCUCAGCCAAUCAAACAGAGGAUUUCUCGAGAUCUGACAAGCCAUUGGCAGGUGCAUCAACCAGUCAGAAUCAGCCAGGGAAAACUAAACCAACCAGUGUAGUUACCCCGUUUGUUCCUUUGCAGGUCACCCGUAAACAGACACCACAGAAAAGCAGGAAGGGUUCUGCAUCAGAUGAGAGCUCUUCCAAAUUGGAGGAGGAAAAAAUAGCAAAGGAAGAUAAACCAAAUGUACUUAACUCUUCAAAUAAAGAUUCAAAAGUGUCUGUUUCAACAUCUGAAAAUGUAAGCCAAGGUUUAGCAGGUGGUUCAGCUCAUGGGAAAGUUGACUCUUCAAAAGGAGGUCCGAAAUCUUCACCUAAAACUCCCAAAGAUAAGACAACUCCACCUAGAACAACUGGAAGCUCUUCAAAAAAGCCUAAAAGGAGAUUAGCUGCUAACUUUGGCAAUAUGCAAUGAUUGUCACACAAUUCAGGAAAUUACAUAUAUCAAGACUUAUCAUUUACUUAGUCCGAUCCAGAAGUGCUAUUUUUGUCACUAGUAGAAAAUACUUUAUGAAUACAACUAAGAAGGAGCUCAGUUUUUUUUAAAAAACUCAUAACAUGGAGUGAAAAGCACACUGCCUGUUCACAUAUUCAUCUUUUAUGUUUACGCCUAUUCCAGUUUAACAUAAACCCCACCCCAUGAAGGCGAAUAAAGUAAUUUUAUUGGGGAGGUUCAUGUUCGUUUUUUGCUUGCUACUAACUAAAUAAACUUGUGACCGUCCUAUCUGAAAGUGCCUUCCUCAGGAUGGAAGUGCGCUUAAAAGUAAUAGCCCUAAUUCUAAUCACAUUGAUUUGUUCAUAAAUAAAGUUGUGUUUUUUUAAUCCUUUUUGCACAAAUAUUUUGAUAGGUUUUAUGUUGUUGUUUUUUUUAAAUUGUAGAAAAAAAAGUUAUCCUCAAAGCAUUUGUGUCUGUUUGUGCCAUUAUCAUAUAGUGUUUUUAACCUUUGUUUUGAACAAAAAACUUAAAAGCUAUGUUAAAAGCAUAACUGACUUUAUAAGCAUGCCUAAUAUGACAAUAUUUUUCCAUUUGCCUUGUCCUUUAUAAAGAUGAAAUUUGACGUUCAUGACGUCAUUAUUUUAAUGUUGCGCUCCGAUUGGAUAAGCGCGAUAUCAUUUAACCAUUGAUAUUCGACGCUACAAACAUCAGAUACUCUUUUAUACACAUGUAUAUUUUCGGUAUCAUUUCUUUUAGAACAAAUACUCCAUUGCAGGAGAUACGGCUAAUCUUAAAUCAUAGCGAAUAAUAAUUAAAAUUGUAAAGAAGUGGUCGCAUUUUUUCGUGUGUUUAUGCUGUAAGAACACAGAAGAGCAAGCGAGCAUAUUACCAAGAAGUGCAAGUGGCCUUUCUGAAAUUUGCUCGGGUGCCCUACUGCGUUCAUACACCAUGAACGCAAGUAAAAAUGCGAUCAAUCCUUAUAUGGCCAUGUUUAGCCAGUUGCAUGGCUAAGGUGCAAGUACAUUGUAAGUGUGUUUCUAGGCGUCUUAUAAUUGUUUUAUAGUGCGUCUAAUAAUUGUGCUUCAUGUAUUCAUCUAGUAUUUGUAAAUCGGUUUAUUUGUUUAUUGAUGAGGAAUUCUUGGCAGUAUUGGUUAGAGUAAUACAUGUUUGGGUACUUCUAAUGAAUUUUCAUACAAAUUAAUAUCUUAUUUUUGAAUGGAGAAUUUCCAUUGUACAACGCAGUUAGGUUAAAUACAAUGUUUUGACUGCGUACAAAGUUUCGCUUUUAUAGGUUGUUUAAGACACAGCCAUUGAGUUGGCUAGCCUUUUUGAGUAAAUUUUGUGGAUAGUUUUAUGUCCAUUUGACUGUUUUAUAACCUUUGCGAAAUCAUUAAACUGUUGAUUUGAGUUUA